CUUCCCAGCCGACAGUGCGGCGCUGCUUUGGGAAGACCGGAAGUCCAGGGGCCUUUGUAGCAGGCCACGUGUGGCAGCGUCUGGUUGCAACCCAGCGGUGUUGGUGGCGGCUCGGAGGGCAUCGGAGGAACAAUAAAAGCGGCAACAACAUGAAACCAGGGUUUAGUCCGCGUGGUGACGGUGGUGGAAGGGGCGGGUUCGGGGACCGUGGAGGACGCGGAGGCUUCGGAGGACGAGGAGGCUUCGGAGGACGCGGGGGAAGGGGAGGUUUCGGAGGACGAGGAGGCUUCGGGGACCGAGGAGGGAGAGGAGGAGGAGGAGGUCGAGGUGGCGGUUUCAGGUCCCCUGGCGGUCGUGGAGGAGGAGGAGGAGGCCGAGGUCGGGGCGGUGGGAGAGGAGGUCGUGGAGGAAGAGGAGGAUUCCGGGGUGGAGCGAAGGUGACUGUGGAGCCGCACAGACACGAAGGGGUCUUCAUAUGCCGCGGCAAGGAAGAUGCUCUGGUGACAAAGAACAUGGUUCCAGGAGAGUCUGUGUAUGGGGAGAAGAGGAUUGGCGUGGAGGAGGCAGAGGUGAAGAUUGAGUACAGAGCUUGGAACCCUUUCCGGUCGAAACUUGCGGCUGCGAUCCUUGGCGGCAUCGACCAGAUUCACAUCAAACCAGGAGCCAAAGUGCUGUAUCUGGGAGCAGCGUCGGGCACCACCGUCUCUCAUGUGUCGGAUAUUGUGGGACCCGAGGGCUUGGUUUAUGCGGUUGAGUUCUCUCACCGGUCAGGCCGCGACCUCAUCAACGUGGCCAAGAAACGGACAAACAUCAUCCCCAUCAUUGAGGAUGCCAGACACCCACACAAAUACCGCAUGCUCCUGGGAAUGGUGGAUGUGAUUUUUGCUGACGUGGCACAGCCAGACCAGUGCAGGAUUGUGGCACUCAACGCACACCAUUUUCUCAAAGUGGGUGGUCACUUUGUCAUCUCCAUUAAGGCAAACUGCAUUGACUCCACCGCAGCCCCUGAAGCAGUGUUUGCAGCGGAGGUGAAGAAGAUGCAACAGGAGAACAUGAAACCCCAGGAACAGUUAACGUUGGAGCCCUAUGAGAGAGAUCAUGCUGUCGUUGUAGGAAUGUACAGGCCACCAUCUAAGCAGAAGAAAUUUUAACUCAAGAUUGGAACCCAAGGACAGACGAUAAAGAAAUCCUUUGCCAACACGCUGUCUGGGAUCCGAUUGUUUAACGCUUCUGAAUGGAUCUCAGUGUGGAACUCCAUCAAUUUUAAAAUGGGCAGGUGAUUUUAUUUACCCCUCCCCAUUGAUUUCCAACAGCACUGGAGUUCUUGAACUUGUUUGUAAUAUAUUUAUGUCUGUCUAAGGCUCUUGGAGGGACAGGGUGAGAGGAUUUUAGGGCAGGUCUGUCGAUUUGUGGCAAGUUUUUAAAUCAAACCUUUUUGAGUGGGGGGGGUGGGGCAGCUGCAGGAUUUAAGUUGUGGGUCUGGAAUGGUACAAACAUUUAAGUUGGAACCUUUGCCACUGAGGGAACAUAAGGAACAGGAGCUGGAGGAGGUUAUUCAACUCCACCAGCCUCUUCUGCCAGCCAAUAAAAUAUGGCUGAUCUUUGACCUCAACUCCACUUUCCCACCCUAUCCUUUAGUGCCUGAAAAUCUAUUGAUCCGAGCCUCGAAUAUAAUCAACGACGGAGCAUCCACAGCUCCCUGGGGUAGCAUUCUCAAAAGAUUCACCACCUUCUGAGUGAAGAAAGUUCUCCUCAUCUCAGUCCAAAACGGCCGGCCCCUUAUCCUGAGACUAGCGGACCCCCCGCUAGUUUUGGACUCUCCAACCGGGGAGUGAGGUAAACAGCCUCACAGCAUCUACCCUCUCAAACCCUCUGAGAAAUUUACCUUUUCAAUCAGAUCACCCCUCGUUCUUCUCAACUCCAGGGGUUAAGUUGUGUCCUGCAUUUGCGUAGCUUCUAGUGCUUGAUGCCUGUUCUGAAGAGCGAGAACAGGCUCCUGUGUUCGCGGUAUGGAGACCUGGUAGUAAAGCAGAAAGCAUUUACAAACAGUGACCUAUAGACUUGCCCUGGGCAAUGUCCCACGUCCUCCAUUGUUAAUUUUCACCCCAUUUGAAAGGUUUUGUGGGUGAAAGGUUUUGUAACUGAAGUUUCUCCUGUGUCUGGCAGUGGUAGCUGGCCCAGGUGACAAUGUUGUAUACCGAGUUGCUGAGGCAUUUUCAACACAUUACUAUAUUAUUAAUAAAAAACACACAAACGAA